UGCAACAGCGCUUCACGGGGUCGGUGUCGCUAUCAUGACGUGGGGACAUCUCGGAAUCGAACGUACAAUAAUGUAUUCCUUAGUGAAGGAUCAGAAAGGCGGUCACUGGCAAUUCAUGACGGUUCUAGCUCUUGACAUGUCGUUACUUACAGAGGCUCUCAGUUUAGCUUGUGAUGUCCUGCCGACAACUCAAACAUCUCUCCGAAGAACGAUACACGAAACAAAACGCAAGAUCUUCUUGAUUGCUCUUCCGUUAUCUGUUGACGUUGCUUUGAUAUAUUGGAUCUCCGCUAUAUUGUUCCCGACACUCAUCAUAGGACGUGUUCCCAACCCGUCCUUACCAACUUCUAUCAAUGUGUCCGGUGACAUUAUUCACGUUCCACUCAGUCUCGACCUUGCGCUACACGCCGCACCUAUACUCUCACUUCUCGGCGACUUCUUCCUCUUCGAUGAGAGCUACGGAUCUGGUGAGGUGAAGCGCGGUACAACCCAUCUAUGUACAUUUUCUGCGGGUUAUGCUGCAUGGGUAGAAUAUUGUGCAAGUUAUAAUGGAGUUUACCCAUACCCUUUUCUGAAUGGGAAUCCCUUUGCUAUCCGAGUUAUCAUAUACAUUGCCGUGACCGCCAUUGCAGUGCUAUCCCUCCGAAUCGUUAAUGCCGUUCAUAAAUUCCUCAACAAACAAUAUACCCCAACAACUACACAAUCGGAGUCGGAAAAAACAGAUACGUUUAGAAUUGUAUACAAAAAUUGA